ACAGUUCGUUGUAAGCAAGUUCCACUGUACUGAAUUGAAUCUCAAAAUAGUUCUUCAGUUUUGUUGUCUGGGCCGCAAUUUAAACCAAUAAACAAAAUAUUUUCAUCAAAAUAUUAAAGAAAAAUGAUAGCAAUUUAGGAGUAGCACUUCUGCGCCAUGACACUAGCACAUCGCGCACUUUUCACCUGGUUCAUUGUGCUUGUCUUCCUAAUCUUACUGUGCUUACGUUUGGAUCCACGAACGCACUGGAGCUGGUUUGUUACUUUCAUACCGCUAUGGGUGUUUGACGGCAUAUUAAUUAUUUACGUUGUUAUUAAAAUUAUACGGAAAUGGCGAAAUUUGAAACGUCUCAAAGAGUUGUUAAUCUACUACCAGUGGUACAUAUGCGGUGUGCUGCUUAAGAUUGCUUCCCAGCUGAUGAUCUGUUUGCGGUUGGAGUAUCCACAAUGGGAGAUAUCAAUUUUUGUAACAAUGGUACCCAUUUGGAUAUUGCUUUCAGCGUUCAUUGUGUACGUAUUUGGGCGAUUGAACAAGAUUGAGUCUUGGUGAUACAUGUGCACUAUGUAAAUUCAUUUCUUAUACGUAUGUAUGUGUGUAUUUCAUUACUUUAUUUUUUUUUAGAUAAAACAUGCUAUACAAUAAAAUUAAUACAAUUAAUU